GCCCCGGCCUGGCUCUGCUGCCGCGGGCCUGGCGAGCGUGUGGGCAGCACAGGCGGUCACCUCACCGGGGAGGGCGUGCCCUGGGCGAGCAGCGCUUUGGCCUCCCCGGGGCCAGCUGUCCCGGGACUGCAGACUCAGCCUUCACGACAGCUUCACUUCUGGGUCACGCUCAGCUUCCUAGAAGUCCAGGUGCUGCGUCUCACCUGGCCGCACACCUGUACCACACACCUGCUGUUAGGAGCUCAGGGGAGCCCGGAGCACAGCCCCUCAGCGGACGCCCAUGGAGCCCUGCCGGACACUGGCUGUGCUGGCUGGCUGCCUGGGCCUCGUCUUCAUCCUGGUGGCUGUGAGUACAGAUUUCUGGAUCAUGGACACUGGACCUAGAUUUUCAGCUCACUUGGGCCUCUGGCCAAGGAGCCGUCGGGACCCAGUGAAAAGCUACAUCCAUGUGACACGGAUUUUUGCCAUUUUGUCGGCCCUGCUGGGGCUGGUGUCCGUCGGGUUCCUGGUCCUGUCCUGCAUCCCCUCCUGGUCCGCCCCGGUCCGCGGGCCCCUCGUCUCGUGCAUCACGGGCUUUGCCGCAGCCCUCUGCGCCACAGUGGCCAUGGCGGUCUACACCAUUGAGUGGUGGAGCCGGAUACCCUCGACCCCGGCCCCGUCCUACUUCUCCUGGUCCUACUACCUGGGCUGUAUGUCAGUUGCCUUCCUGGGCAUUACAGGAGCCCCUAGCCUGCCUAUGAGAGGACGUGAGCGGAAGGCGUCACUCACUCUUGUGGAGCUACCACAAAAGUAGCCCAGGGCAUCCCUGGUGGCACAAGGGCUUGAGACCGCACAAUGAGGCUGUCCGCAGCCACUGCAGCUCGAGCUCCAUGCCCGGCCAGGGAGCUACCCACAUGGCGCAGCAGACCUCUCCUGUCUCCCUGCUGCUCCCCUCAGCAGUGUAUUUCAGUACAUCUGCCUGUUCUGCUCCCCACCCUGUCUCUGGUGAAUCCUCUCCCUCUGCACACCUCUGGCAUGUACCCCGGUUCUUGUAUGCAUAAAUAAAUAAAUCUUAAAAAAA